CUCUGGAUCCUCUCUGCAUCCUCCCCACUUUCCCAACAACAUGCAUCUUGCCAGUUUCGUCAGCUCCUGCUGCCUCCUGCUGCUUUUGGGGGCCCUGCCCGGAUGGGCAGCCAGCGAUGACCCCAUUGAGAAGGUCAUUGAAGGGAUCAACCGAGGGCUUAGCAAUGCAGAGAAAGAGAUGGGCAAAGCUCUGGAAGGCAUCAAUAAUGGAAUCACCCAUGCUGGAAGGGAAGUGGAGAAAGUUUUUAAUGGACUCAGCAACGCUGGGAGCCAGGCCGGCAAGGAGGUGGACAAGGGCGUCCAGGGGCUCAACAGCGGCUUGGACAAGGUAGCGCAUGAGAUCAACAGUGGCAUUGGACAAGCAGGAAAGGAAGCAGAGAAGUUUGCCCAUGGGGUCCACAACGCUGCUGGACAGGUUGGGAAGGAGGCAGAUAAAGUGAUCCAUCAUGGGGUCAACCAGGCAGGAAAUGAAGCAGGGAGGUUUGGCCAGGGGAUCCACCACGCUGCUGGGCAGGCUGGGAAUGAUGCUGGGAGGUUUGGCCAGGGGAUCCACCAUGCUGCAGGGCAGGCUGGAAAUGAGGCUGGGAGGUUUGGCCAGGGGGUCCACCACGCUGCUGGGCAGGCUGGGAAUGAGGCAGAGAAGUUUGGCCAUGGGAUCCACCACGCUGCUGGGCAGGCUGGGAAUGAGGCUGGGAGGUUUGGCCAGGGGAUCCACCACGCUGCUGGGCAGGCUGGGAAUGAGGCAGAGAAGUUUGGCCAUGGGAUCCACCACGCUGCUGGGCAGGCUGGAAAUGAGGCAGAGAAGUUUGGCCAUGGGAUCCACCACGCUGCUGGGCAGGCUGGGAAUGAGGCUGGGAGGGUUGGCAAGGGGAUCCACCAUGCUGCAGGGCAGGCUGGAAAUGAGGCUGGGAGGUUUGGCCAGGGGGUCCACCACGCUGCUGGGCAGGCUGGGAAUGAGGCAGAGAAGUUUGGCCAUGGGAUCCACCACGCUGCUGGGCAGGCUGGGAAUGAGGCAGAGAAGUUUGGCCAUGGGAUCCACCACGCUGCUGGGCAGGCUGGGAAUGAGGCAGAGAAGUUUGGCCAUGGGAUCCACCAUGCCACAGGGCAGGCUGGGAACGAGGCUGGGAGGUUUGGCCAGGGGGUCCACCAUGCUGCUGGGCAGGUGGGAAAAGAGGCAGAAAAGUUUGGCCAGGGGGUCCACCAUGCUGCCGGGCAAGUGGGGAAAGAGGCAGAAAAGUUUGGCCAGGGGGUCCACCAUGCUGCCGGGCAAGUGGGGAAAGAGGCAGAGAAGUUUGGCCAUGGGGUCCACCAUGCUGCUGGGCAAGUGGGGAAGGAGGUAGAGAAGUUUGGCCAGGGGGUCCACCAUGCCACCGGGCAGGCUGGGAACGAGGCUGGGAGGUUUGGCCAGGGGAUCCACCAUGCUGCUGGUCAGGCUGGAAAAGAGGGAGAGAAAGUAGUCCAAGGGGUCCAUCAUGGAGUAAACCAGGUUGGAAGGGAGGUAGAGCAGUUGGGCCGCGAUGUCCACUAUGCUGCAGGGCAGGCUGGGAAUGAGGGAGAGAAAAUAGUCCAUGGUGUCCAGCCUGGGGUCAGCCAGGCUGGGAAGGGGGUGGAGCACUUUGGCCAGGGAGUUCACCAUACCGUUGAACAGGCUGGAAAGGAAGCAGACAAAGUGGUCCAAGGGGCCUACAGUGGGGUCAACCAGGCCGGGAAGGAGGCAGAGAAACUUGGCCAAGGUGUCCACCAUGCUGCUGGCCAGGCCGGAAAGGAAGCGGAGAAACUUGGCCAAGGUGUCCACCAUGCUGCUGGCCAGGCCGGGAAGGAGGUGGACAGGUUGCAGCAGAAUGUUCAUAAUGGGGUCAACCAAGCCGGCAAGGAGGCCAACAAGCUGCUGAAUGGCAGUCAUCAAGGCGGAUCUACCGGCUAUCACGGAGGGGUCGCAACCACCACAUUGACGUCUGGAGCCUCGGUCAACAAGCCCUUCAUCAACUUUCCAGCUCUGUGGAGGAGCGUCACCGACAUCAUGCCCUAAACUGAUGCCCUCGCCUUGCUGGGCAGACUGCUGCUCCUGUUGUAAUAUCCACUGAAAUGAACCGGAAGAGCUGGAGUGGGGGGCUGGGUUUCUGGAGUCCCUGAGAUUUGUGAAUAAAUGUGAUACACUGUU